CUUCUCGGUUGCUAUAUUUAUGUCUUUUUGGUCGAAUGCUUGAUCUAUAGAGAUCAAAGCGCUGACAUAACGCACUCACGCGAUCCUUUGUAAGUCUCCAGUGGUGUAGAAUACUCCACGUGGUAUCUCGGUUGUGGUCGCCACCGCAGAGAAUCACAACCUGAUAUUGGACUGCGUUUUAGGCGCCUUCGUCCGCUGAGCAUAAAGUAAGGGCCUCUUCCCGCCGUUUCGUACCAGGAGUCACCAUCACUCACACUGCCAUUCCUGUUUCCGGAACCGCUAUUCUAAUCUAACCUCUUCAUUGUCACAAACCCUAGUAAAUUUCCGUUAGCUGCAUCGAUGGAGCUACGUUCUCGGAGGCGACUUCCUACUCCUGAUAUCGAUGAUGAAGCAGCUUUGAACUCCUUUCCUGACUUAAAUGAAGAACCUACUUCAAGCUUUUGCUCUUCUGAUGGGUUAGGCGACAGCUCUGACUCAUCUCGGCCUGGAAAGAGAAGAGGAAAGAAAAGGAGAAAACUCAGCUCUAAAAUUGGAGAGUCCAGUCAGGACAUAGGAGUGUUGGAGCAUGGGGACGAUGAUGGCUCCUCAGGAGUUCAGCAGCAAUCAACUGAACAUGAUUUGGCUAGCCUGAGAAAGAAGAAAAAACCAAAAGACCAAGAAAAAAAACAAAACAAGUGUUGUUGUGGAAUGUUUGGGAAGAGCAGCAUGAGAGAUGGAUUGAUGAGAAUUUUUCAGAAGAUGUUGAGUUGGGUCAUCAGAAUGAACUAAUGAAUGAAACUGCUGAGGCUUCCUCUGACCUUACCAUGCCGUUACUAAGAUACCAAAAGGAAUGGCUAGCAUGGGCUUUGAAACAGGAGAAUUCCGAAAUUAAGGGGGGUAUUCUUGCAGAUGAAAUGGGGAUGGGAAAGACUAUUCAAGCAAUUGCUCUUGUCCUUGCCCAACGUGAAAUCCGGCAAAUGGUUUGUGAACCAGAUGAAACAUCCUCUUUGCCAGGUUCAUCUACAGCAUUGCCUUGGAUCAAAGGAACGCUUGUAAUUUGUCCUGUGGUUGCUGUCACUCAGUGGGUUAGUGAGAUUGAUAGGUUUACUCUAAAAGGAAGCACCAAGGUGCUAAUUUAUCAUGGGGCCAAGAGAGGGAAGUGUAGGGAAGAGUUCUCAGGGUAUGAUUUUGUAAUAACUACAUACUCUACUGUUGAAUCAGAGUAUAGGAAGCAUAUGAUGCCUCCUAAAGAGAAGUGUCAAUAUUGUGGCAAAUCUUUUAGCCAGACGAAGUUAUCUGUUCACCAGAGAUAUUAUUGCGGGCCUGAUGCUGAAAGAACAGAAAAGCAAUCGAAGCAAUUCAAGAAAGAGAAAAAAGAAGUCAAUAUAAAGAAGAAAAUUCAGAGGAACAUGGGAUCAGGGAAUUCAGAUACCAGAUGCAAGGGGUCGUCACUUUUACAUUCUGUAAAGUGGCAGCGGAUCAUUUUGGAUGAGGCGCACUAUAUAAAAUCUAGACAAUGUAACACUGCAAAAGCAAUUCUUGCUCUAGAGUCUUCCUAUAGAUGGGCGUUAAGUGGAACUCCCCUUCAGAAUCGUGUAGGAGAGCUGUAUUCUCUGAUACGUUUCCUGCAAAUAGUUCCUUAUUCCUAUUACCUGUGCAAGGACUGUGAUUGCAGGAUUCUUGAUCAUAGUUCUAAGGAAUGUUCAAACUGCCAGCACAGUUCUGUCAGACAUUUCUGUUGGUGGAAUAAAUUUGUAGCCACGCCAAUUCAAUUAUAUGGAACCGAUGAUCCCGGUAGGAGAGCAAUGAUAUUGCUUAAACACAAGGUUUUAAAAAAUGUAAUAUUAAGGCGCACUAAAUUAGGCCGAGCUGUUGAUCUCGCACUUCCACCUAGAAUCGUUUCACUGAGAAAGGAUAGCCUGGAUAUAAAAGAGCAAGACUAUUAUGAAUCAUUAUAUAAUGAGAGCCAGGCGCAGUUUAAUACAUAUGUGGAAUCGAAUACUUUGACAAAUAACUAUGCUCAUAUAUUUGACCUCCUCACCAGACUCCGGCAGGCUGUUGACCAUCCGUACCUUGUGGUAUAUUCUCAAGCUGCAUCAUUAAAAGCUGGGGCUGACGUUAGCGUUGACGAUGUUGAACAAAUAUGUGGCAUUUGUCAUGAGCCUGCAGAAGAUCCUGUCGUUACCUCAUGUGAACACAUCUUUUGUAAGGGAUGCUUGAUAGACUUCUCUGCUCUCUCUUGGGGCGAGUGUCAUGCCCUUCAUGCUCCAAAUUACUUACU